AUGAGUAAAUCAAUUAUCGGAAUUGUUGUAGGCCAGGUCAAUCACCAAUUGAAUAUUUUCUUUUCGCAAAACACUUUUUUUUUCAGGUCGACCCGCAAAAGUACUAUGUGUGGAGCAACGAAACGUACGUGGGUCGGGACGGAAUGAUCCUCGUUCCGUUCGGCGUGCGCGUGGAUUUGGGCGAUUGGGUCGUCGUUUCGUUCGGCCCGAUCCAGGCGGCCACCUUUUUUCCGUCGCAAAAAUCCGAACACACGCCGCGAUUCGAGUCGUCCGAUUUUCGAGUGAUUCGCGCGAUUUACGAAACGACGCCGAUAGGCAAAACGGUGCAAAUCAAGUUGAAUCAGUGUUUGACCGCCGGACAAACUGUCAUUGAGCACCACUUUUUCAAGAAGAUCUAGUAAGUGUGCGUCAUCGAGCAAAAAGUGUGCGAUGUUUUGAUAUUUCAGCAAUGACACAGUACUGGUCGGAGACGGCGAUUGGAACUUGACAAUUCGUAGAGUAGAACCAAGAGUCGGGUACGGAAGAGAGUCGGUUUGGAUCCUCGAUCGAGUGGCGUCAAUACCAGAACGGCCUAAAACUGGAAAAGACGUCAUCGGAAUAGUGGUCGGCACGAAGAACGCGAGCGAGAAUUACGUGUGGUGCAAGGAAACGCGACCGGGAUUUGACGGAACAAUUGUGGUCCCGGAUUCCGGUCCCCUUCCGUCCGGCACCUGGGUCCGCAUGAGUUUCACGCAGCAAGAAGUGGACGUUUAUUUUGAGAAUGAGCAGGAAAUCCGAUUCAAAUCUUGGAACUAUUCAAUACUAACCGCUUUGCAUCCGACCGAACCGUACAAGCAAACAAUCAAAAUAAAAUUGAAGUGUUUCAUCGAUGGAAACGAACAAAUUAAAGAUAUCAUUCAUCCAUUUGUGGGACUUGUCAAAAAUGACAAACAAAUCGAGAAUUCUGGAAAGUAUGAAAUAAGGAUUACACGCGUCAAACCCUCGCUGGCCAGGGAUUCACACAUCACCAGUGUUUGGGUGGUGAGCGAGUUGAAGUUGGUAAGAGUCUUGAGCCUGCGGUUGUUUUGAAAUGCUAAUAUUUAAAGGUACGCGACGAACCGUCAGUUUUGACUUUAGAAGAACCUAUCCAAAUACUGCCUAGUUUGCCAGAGCAGGAUGUUAGGGUGAGUCACUCACACUAGAGGAUUGCGCUCUGUUGACAAACUCUUUUCGCAAGUGAAAAUUGCAAUGCCAUCGGGGCCGAGUUUGAAAAGUUAGGCCACGUUCUUAGAAACUCUGGGUGAACACACUCAUUCAGCCAUCACCCGAAACUUCUCAUCGUCCUGUCGAAUUGCCAAGACACGCUGGUCAAAUCAAGAAGGCAAUAAUCGUGAACAUAAAACGAGUAAAGGAUAGGGAUCAAGUAUUCGUUUGGCUGUUGGAUGAUCACAAGUAAGAGCAGCAUACUUUUCGCUAUCUAUACAAAGACUUCACACCUCGUGAAGCAAUGUUUCAUUUGUUCAGAGACGGACUGCUUCGAUUGGACGUGGAUGCGGCCACGUUGGGUCUGACGGAGGGAAACGUGUUCACUGCCGAGUUUACUGAUGCGUCUGAAGGAGUGCGUUUCUUGCAUUUUUGUUGAAGACAACCACGGUCUCCAGAGCUGACAAUAUGGGCGUGGCGGCCUCGGCGCCAAAUGGCGUUUUCAUGAAUUGAGCACGUUUUUUCGGAUUUUUGUGCUCAAAGGCGAUGAAAAAUGAUCGUUCGACAUAAAAACACACUAAUUUUCAGAAUUAAUGACGUUUUGGCGCAUUUUUCGCGGACUUUGCUUUUUCGCCUUCGCCGCCGAUCGCCGCCGAAAAACCGCACAUCUCAUUUUGCGCUUUCUUGACCGUUUUCAGACAGAAUUGGUUUUGAGAAUGAUAAAUCACGUAAAUACAAGCAUUUUAAGCGCUCGAACCUCGAAAAUUGCCGAAAAGCAACUGAAAUUCACGCAGUUUUAGCCAAAAACCUUCAAACGGAUAAAUGUGAUUUGCGACUUGACCAAAUUUGACGCUCUUGCGCUUAAAAAAUUCGUAAUAGCCUAUAAAAUCGGUCUGGCGAGAGAAAAAUGAGAAAUUAUCGGUUUUUCGUGGCUAAUCUGGCAAAAAAACACAAAUUUGGCUGUUAAAAUUUGAAUUUCGCGCCAAUGUAUCGCUCUAUUGGGCAGGGCGCACUUGCGCCCAUUUUCAGCUCUGGAGACCGUCGACAGUGAACAAUUUACUCGAUUAGAUUUUCAUUUGCUUCUAGUUGAGCUCCUUAGAAUUCAUAGAGAGAUCUCUACAAGUUGCACUCCUUUUUUUGCAGAAAGUAGAAUCGCGAGGACCUAUAACCAGAGAAUACGAUUAUUACGAGACAAGAGGAAAAGGGAACGGAAAUGGAGUGGAGUUUAAGAUUUUCGCGGAAACGUUGGUCGAAUCGGACCCCAAUAAUGAACCGAUGAACUCGAGUUACCCCUCUAUUUAUCAUCAUCAUUUCGGAUACGUGGUAACUCGAGUGUUUUUGUUUGUUUUUUCAAAUCAUAUGAAGCUUUAGGUGGACAACUUUCGAAGAUUGAAGAACCACGAACAUAUAAAGUAUCACAUGUGGAUCAAAAAAGCGAGAGUUGGCGACGUUUUUCGUUGGGUCAUCGUCGAACAAGUCGGACAUGGACAAUAA